CACGGCACAGCACGGAGCGGCACGGAACACAACGGCGCUCCCUCUCAGCGCGCAACCAAACUUCAUUCUGGGACUUUUCCGAGCCUUUUUAUCCACUUUUCCCGACUCAGUUUGACCGUACCCACGCGUGGUGAAUGAGAUCUAGCUCUGUGAAGAAGAACGACUGAGUGAAAACUGUUGGCCUCGUUGUGUUUUGCUGUGGUUUAGAUACUGGAUGGAGUUUGUGAGCGCGUCUUAUCAAUGAAGCCGGAGAUCAAGGCGGAGGGGCCGCGCUGCAAGAGGCGAAAACAAGCCAACCCCAGACGAAAGAACGUGCUAAGCUCUGACGAUGAGGACAGGCUUCAGGGUUCUGAGGGCGAGGGUAGCCCGGUCGGCGUGCCCAGCCAGGAACCGUCGCCUCGAGUGGCACAUGCCCUCCUGUCAUGCAGGGAAGACGACGAAGACGAAAGUCGCGACAUCUGGCAGCAUGCGGACCUCAGUGGCGCAGAGGAAAGAAAAGAUGAAUACAAUCCUCUAAGCCCUGACGUCUCCCUGCAUGGAGCUGGAAAUGGUACAGUUAAAGGUAUUGAUGCUACUGCCGAGCUGGAGAGCUUCUUCGCCAAGAGGAAGCUGGAGGACAGCGAGGGCUGCGCGGCCAGCAUCGUCGAGUACCUGCAACGAGGGGACACGGCCAUAAUCUACCCGGAAGACCCGGAGGAAGGAACGAGACUGAGCACUCCAGAGGCCAACGGGCAGGAGGAUAAUGAGAGUGAUCUGACACUGCGAACACCGGACGACUUUGCCCAACUGUUGACCUGCCCAUACUGUGACCGUGGCUACAAGAGGUUGACCUCCCUCAAGGAGCACAUCAAAUACCGGCAUGAGAAGAACGAGGAGACUUUCCCGUGCCCACUCUGCAGUGAUACUUUUGCCUAUCGCGCACAGCUGGAUCGCCAUAUGGCCACCCAUAAGCCUUCUUCCAGGGACCAGUCUCAGCUGAUGAACGAAGUUGCUGGCAAUCGCAAAUUCAAAUGCACAGAGUGUGGGAAAGCCUUCAAGUACAAGCAUCAUCUGAAGGAGCACCUCCGUAUCCACAGUGGUGAGAAGCCGUAUGAAUGCUCCAACUGCAAGAAGCGUUUUUCUCACUCUGGCUCCUACAGUUCACAUAUUAGCAGCAAGAAGUGCAUUGGCCUCAUCUCUAUAAAUGGACGAGUACGACACGGGGUUGGCACUAAGGCUGGCUCAUCCCCAAACUCUGCCGCUUCAUCUCCCGGCAGCCCUGCCCUGGCUCAGCUCCGGAACAAACUGGAAAACGGCAGGUGCGUAGGGCUCCAGGACCAAGCAGUCCACCCUGAUAUAAAGGCUGAGCCCAUGGACUUUAACGAGUAUCGACUCAUGAUGGCUUCAUCGCCAGAGUUUGGCGCAUCUGGGGCUUUUCUUAAUGGUACGGGUCGUGGCGGGAGCCCCUUAGGGAUGCAUCAUUCAUCACAGAACCCCUUGCAGCACUUGGCUAUGAGACUGGAUUCACAUCAGUUGGGCUACCCAGGUUUAAACAAUAAUCUGAGUAAUGUUCAGCGGGUACUGCAGAUCGUGGACAACACUGUAUUCAAGCAGAAAACGGACAGCAGUCCUGAUGAGACCUCCAAGCUGAGGGCUUACAUGAUGGAGGAGCAGAAGCUGGCUCUGGCCUUUCAGUCUGGGUUCCCUGAUAUAGGACACAUCAGUCCUACCAAGAGCAUUAUUGACUAUACAUUGGAGAAGGUCAGUGAGGCCAAAGUCUCUCCAAAAAGCCUAUCUGAAGACUCCCCUAAACGGCCGGUCGAGAUUAAGAAAGAGAGGUCCAGCCAGAUUAUAGAUUCUAUAACAGAGAAGAAAAUUCAGGACAGGGAUGCCCAGUAUUCUUCAUUCUCAUGCCAAUAUUGCAAGGAGACCUUUAACGGCCCCAUCCCUUUGCACCAGCAUGAGCGUUACCUUUGCAAGAUGAACGAAGAGAUAAAGGCUGUCCUGAAACCUAAUGAAACCUUACCUCUCACUCGGAGGGAAGUGCCUGGCAUGGAACAGCAGGCUUCCUCCCUUCCAGAGAGGAACGUAACUAGCCCAAUCAACCUGUUUAAAGAUCACUUGUCAGUAUUAAAGGCUUAUUUUGCCAUGAAUACCGAUCCCAGAUCAGAGGAACUCAGGAAGAUCUCCAGUGCUGUCGGUCUCCCUCAAGAAUUCGUAAAGGAGUGGUUUGUGCAGUGGAAAGCUCAGAACAUCCACGGCAUGUCUAGGAAAAGAUCUCCACCCCCUGAGUGGAGCAGUGGGAACAGCAACCAGGGCUUGGCUAGAGAAUCAGCACUUGCAAAGUCACCAGCUUCUCACAGUCAGUAUAGUGACUCCAUGGCAGAUUUUCAAGGUGCCAGGAAUGGUGAUGCUGGGCAUGGCCUCUCCAAACUGCAUAAGUUACCAGGCAUAAGACAGACAAAUGAAAAGCCACUUGACUCCAUGGACCACUUGAGAGGAGAGACUCCGUCACCCUUGAAUCUCUCUUCUACAUCUUCAAAGCACUCUCACAGCAGCUCCUAUACCCCCACCAGCCUUACUUCUGAAGAUGCCCACGGUGAACCUCUGGACCUGUCUUUGCCAAAACAACUAUCCAAAUCAGAAAGAAAGUCCAAGCCAAAUCGUUUCAACAUAGAUCGGAACGGUGACCCUGCUGUACGGGAACAGGGUACAGAACCUUUGGACUUGGCUCACAUUAAGAAGGAGUUCAACGGGUCCAAUGGCAUGGGCUAUGAAAGCCAACUAGAUAAAAGUUCUAGCCCCAUCUUUGGCAUCAACCCCUUUAGCGGCGGCCCAAUUUAUACUCCGCUACCACCUCAUGGGGCGUUUCCUCCAUCCACCUUCAUGUCCCCAGCACAGGCCAGCAUCCCAGGACUAAGGCCUUACCCAGGGCUUGAUCCCAUGAGCUUCCUACCACACAUGGCUUAUACUUAUGCGGCGGGAGCAGCCACAUUUGCUGAGAUGCAACAGCGACGGAAAUACCAGAGGAAAACAGGCUUCCAGGGGGAGCUGAUGGACAGCACAGUGGACUAUUUGUCAGGGCUGGAGGACCUGACAGACAGUGAGUUGCUGCUUGCCCGGAAGAAGAUUAAGAAGACUGAAAGUGGAAAGCGCCCCCACCAGUGCCAGAUCUGCAAGAAGGCCUUCAAGCACAAGCACCAUCUGAUCGAGCACUCGCGCUUGCACUCGGGCGAGAAACCCUACCAGUGCGACAAGUGCGGGAAGCGCUUCUCGCACUCGGGCUCCUACUCGCAGCACAUGAACCACCGGUACUCUUACUGCAAGAGGGAGGCGGAGGAGCGUGAAGCUGCUAAGCAGGAGAGCCACGAGAACGGCAGCCUGCUGGAAUCCAGGGAGCUCCUGAUGCACCACACUUACCUGAAGGGACUGGCACCACUGGGAUUCUCCGAUCCCGAGGAGCAGAGCGAGGACGUCCUGAGAGGAAGCACUAUCUUGAGAGAUGGCACGGAGGGAAGGGCCAGGGAAGCAGAGAAGGUGUUCCCGGAAGUGAUGGACAGGCGAGAGAAAGGGUUUGGAGAUGAGGAGGAGGAGAUGGAGACAGAGGAGGACAGGUUGGAGAGGCAGAGCCCAGACGAGAUGGCUAAAGAGAACGAGAACGAGGCGUCCGGUGGAACAGAAGACGAAAGUUUAGAGGACAGGAAGGUGGCGAGCAAGACGGAUGAAGAGGGCGAGAAUGAGGAUGCUGAUUAACUACUGCAUUUUGGACUAAGCUUUCGGUGUUUUUUAUUUGUCUCCUGCUUGUAUUAAUUGCUCCUUCCCUCAAGUUUGAGGGACCUUGAGCCAGACUGACUUUUGUGACCACACUGCCAUGUCUUGGAUGUUUAAUAUUGUGUCUAUAGACAGAAAGAGUGGAACUCGGACGGGUAACGGUCUUCAGACAAAGGACAGAGUUCAUAUUAUGCAAAAAUAAAGUAGUCAAAGUUAACAGACGGGUGACAAAUUGAGGAGGAAAACUGUGUGUUCUUAUAAUACACCAAGAGGUGGGAACAGGCCUGAAUGCUUGAUCCCUUCAGAGGAAAACUUUGGUGGCUCUGUUUAUGAAAGGAAGACGUUUUGCUACCUUGGUUUGGGUCAAUUUAGAGGAAAUAGUGGCCGCAAAACAGAGUUAUUCUGAUGGUACUGGUCUCUUCCAGAGUGACACUAAUUAUCCAAAGGUUUGAUGAGUGUAAUGAGUGUGAAAAUGAUAUACACCGAUCAGCCAUAACAUUAAA